UAAGCCCCACACCCAAUUGGGCUCCCCCGACUGUUGGGCUAUGACACAGCCCGAUUAUCGCUGCCCAACAAAGCCCAAUCAAGUUUGGGUUGCGAUGAUAGGGUUGGGACAAUUGGGCUUCUUCUUCUUUUACUUGUGCUUUUACAUGUGCUAAGACAAUUAUUGUUUUUGUAUUUUUUUUCUUACAGAUGGCUGAACAACAAACUACAAAAUUUACUUAUGUUCAUGCUCACCGAAUAUUACCCCCCGGAAUGCGAGUUACUACUCAUUGUGGGAUCAAACACCUUGAGGCGAUGCGUCGUGCUCUAGACCGAUACAAGUUAUUGGAUAGAUUCCUACAGGGCCCAUUAGGACAUUUCUUGAAGAUGCCUUUGUCCCUCCAUUUGACUGCACCACAGUUGAUAUAUCAUGUUCUACUUAGGGAGGUGACAUUUUCGAGUGCCCGCCACGAUGAGAUGUGGUUCGAGAUUGGCGGCACACCAUACAAAUACGGGAGGCAGGAGUUCAUACUUAUUAGUGGACUCCGAUUUGGGGCUAUUGAUAGGGAAAGCCUUGAACCGAAACCUAUUGAGCCGGAGAGUUUACGUGCUCGACUAUUUCCACAACAUAAGAAGGGGGUGACUGGAGACGACCUUGAAUUACUUAUUAGUACCAAAGAGGACAUGGUUUCAGAGGAUGCCCUGAAAUUGAUUUACAUUGCUGUGGUCGACAUGUUUUUGUUGGGCCAGGAUGAGCGUGGGCAUGUGGAUGAUUUCUUGUGGACUAUGGCCGAGGAUUUACAAGCAUUUGAGAUGUUCCCUUGGGGUACAUAUGUCUACAGUAAGAGUCAACAUUACAUCCGGUUGGCCACGAAAGAAAGAAAAUUGACUGGUGAAGGUGGGAAGAAAAUCAACCUUUAUGGUUUUGUAUGGGCGUUUCAGUGGUGGUUGAUCGAAACGUUCCCAUGGAUUCAGAAUAAAUGGGCCGUCAGACUGUCCGACGCAGACAUUCCAAGAUGCAGAAAAUGGCUAUCCAAAAAAAGGCCACAGAUAAAAAAUUACAACGACUGUCUUAGGAAAGAAGUAAGUGUGCAACUUACCUCUAAAUUUAGUUUAUUUUUAAAUCAUAUCUAUCUAUAUAAUACAAUUUUGCUGGCACGAGGAUCGAGUCCGACUCUUGAACCCACUGAUGAUGAGAGGGAAACGAAUUUUUGGAGAUCUUUUAACCCUCAACACUCGGUUGGGGUCGACGUCUAUAAAUUUGGGGGCGGAGGGGGUGAAAAGGAGGAAGAGAAUGACGGGGAUGAGGACGAGGGCGGGGAUGAGGACAAGGCGGGUAUGAUACAUUUAGAUGAGGAGGGAAAGGAAAAGAAUGGGGAGGAGAAGGAUAAGGAGGAGACAAGAUUCCCUGAUAGUUCGCACCACGGACAAUACGAGACAGGGGAGGGAAAGGAGAAGAAGGAUAAUGAGGAAGCAAGGUUCCCUGACAGUUCACAUCACAGACAAUACGAGGCAGGGAUCACCGAGAUGCUGAAACAGACUCUAGAUAUGUUGCGGAGAAUAGAUGGGGAAAUGGGUCAGGUGAGGACACAAUUGUUGAGACUAGAGAGGGCGCAGGAAUCACUAGAGAGGGGGCAGGCAGCACUAUGUGCUCAUCUAUGCAUCCCACAUAUUUCCCUAGAUCGCAGCGAUUAUGCUCAUGAGCAGUCCCAGUAUGGUGAUCAGGUAGAUCUUGAUCAUCACGAUGAGGAGCAGGCAUCUACAUCUAGACUACAGGAGGAGGAAGUGGUUAGGGUCGACAGACGACCUAUGCGAGAUAGAUUGCCAUCGCAAUUUCGUCGGCCACCCUUCACCGAUCCAACAAAAUAUAAAAGGAGAAAAAAGGAUGCCGCUUUGGAGGGGUCGGACGUGGACUCGACGCCACCGGUACUAGACCUAAUCCCGCCGGACAUAGAGACAGUGCCCCCUGAGGGCUAUAUUGAGUUCAUAGGUUCCAAUGAAAAUAUUAGUCUUCACACUGGUUUCAUUCUCAACCUAACACCGGAUGACCUCCGAAACAUAAAGAAUGAGGCCAACUGGUUGGAGGGUUAUCAUAUUGAUAGUUACAUGUGUUGCUUGAGACGUAUACAGUCUCGGCGUCAAUAUGACACAAACUACGCUAUCAUGUCAACCUCAUUUUUUGCAUCCAUAGUAAGAUUUUGGGAACAGGAGUACGGGGGCAAUAGGAGGUUUUUUGCGCCUUCUAUCGCAUCUAUCCCGGAAGAGUGGACCGGUUUCGUCGACGGGCGCACUGACAGGAGUCUCCCUUGGUGGACGGUCGAUUAUAUUUGCUUGAAAGAUAGGAGAAUUGUCAUAUAUGACUCCAAUGCAAUGAAUGAAGACAGUCGUAGGAGCAUGGUUGAAGCUAUACAACCACUUGUGAGCCUCUUACCCAUUCUACUAAAGAAAGCUGCAUAUUAUGAACAUGUAACCACAACUGCGACGCUAGACAGAGAUUGGGAAGUGGAGAAUACUGAUCCUCAGAAGUUGCCUCAACAACCGGAUGGCUGUGGGUGCUACGUUAUCAAAUACGUCGAGGACAUACUGAGGCAUAAUGAGGAUCACUGGCAGAUGCACCCGACUGUGGAUGGCAUCGACGACGAGUGUGUCCAGUCUCUUUGCAAAUGCUGCAUUUCCGGCUUGCCCUUGUAG